AUGGGCGACGACCCUCAGUGCGGCGACGUGUACGUCGGGGAGUGGCACCGAGGGCAGCCCCACGGUCACGGCGCGUGCACGUUCAAGCGCGGGAACGCGUACGAGGGCGGGUGGAAGAAGGGCGGGUAUCACGGCAAGGGCGUGUACUCGUACGCGAACGGCGAUCGCUUCGAGGGGACCUGGAAGGACGACGAGCGGCACGGCGGCGGG